AUGAUUCCUCAGCUUACUUUAUGCUUAAAAAUGAAGUUAACUAAAAAAAUUAAAAUACAAAUACUGUAAUAGGAGUUAAGAAAUAAAAUAAUCCUUCAAUAAUCUAAGUAAAUGUUGGGACUGAAUAUUCUAUACUCCUUGAUGAACCAAUUAUGCUAACUACAACAGAGGGUUUGUAAUAUUAUUAGGUUAGAUAAUAUUUGGACCUAGCUUUUGAAUCAGUUUAAAAAGAAUUUUAAGUUUUUGUAAAAAGUUUUAAGAAUUAUAUUUCUGGACAUACAAUAAUUAGAAACGAUAAUAUCUGCUAAUACAUAAAAACUAAAAAAAAUAUCAAUAGAAGUUAAAUUUAAGUUGAAUAUGCAGGUCAAGUGUCUGGUCAAUUAUAAUAUUUUUUUUCUGAUACAUAAAGAUACUAAUAACUAAAUAUACAGCAAUAUCUAUAUAAUCAAUCAGAUAUCAUAAUUACAAUAAUAUAAUCCGCUUUCUUAAACAAAUAUUUGGUUUUAACAUCAUUUUAAAUAGUUGUUUUUAACAUCUUUUCUGAUAUCUCUUUAGGAAGUAUUCCUCUAAAUCAAAAUAUUACAUCUUAAAGUAUUUUUUUUGUUGAAUAGUUAAAUUCUAUUUUAUAUUACAACAUAAACUAAGUCAAUCUAAUUGUUUACAGCUUUAACACUUUAAAAUAAUAAUUAUCCUAUUAGAUUGAAACAUAUGUUUAAGGUGUACAAUAUUUAGAAGCCAAAAAUUAAUUUUUGA